AGCGCAUCUUUGUUCAAGUUAGUGUCAGGUCUCUUGGAAGUUCAGAGCGCCAUGGAUUCAAUGGGCCGGGAAGUGGGUCAAGCGCUGGCAGCACAACAAAUGACAAGUUAUACAGCUUCAUGGCGAGAGUACUUGAAGCUGCUGAUGCUGCCCAAAUUCAAUUCCGCUGUCAUGUGCAACGUGAGACCAACUGACUGGAAGGACUUUUUCGAACAGUGGAACGUGCUUUACAGUGUCUUGACGGUCAUCACAGGAGCAUUGAGGUGUGUGAUUCUCGUUGCUCCUUGGUACGCAAUCUGGUUCAUGACGUUCAUGAAUCAUCAUGAAUUUCUCUUGUUUUAUGAUCGCAAUGUGUACUAGACUAGACUACGCCGGUUGCAAUUGUUUGUCAAAUAGGAUCGAGGGUUCUUUGCUCAAAGUUCAACGAUCAAGUAGAAGCAAAUAGAUGAGAUAUGGAAGAAUGCGGUCGAAAGACUAGUCAUGUUGAGAAAGCACCCUUGCAGUCAAGAGCAAGAUGAAUGAACGAUUGAGACCUAAGGCCUCUAAGAAAGCGCUGUAAAGCACAGCUGGGAAUUGGCACACAUUCCGCAUUCCUUUUCGUUCAUGGGGUCUCAUUGUGUGCAUUCUUGAAGUCCCAAAGUCUUGUUGUCAGGUCACGGUCGUUGGUAUUUUUUUCUUGCCACUUCAGUUGCUCUUUAGCGCCGUGUUCCUCUUCUUUGGUCACCUUGGCUGGUACUACGUUCGUGCGAGGGGAUGCAUGAUGCCACAAGGCUACAUGUUCCUGGCACUAUGUUAUGUGGCGGGGGCAGCAAUACAGAUUGCAACGAUGAAGUCUAUUUGGAGCUUUCUCAUUUCUAUCCCUUGGCUGGCUUCAUUGAUCGCUCAGUGCUAUGGAUGCCUUGGUCUUUCUGGAUUUCUCGGUGGGGCACCUGCGCCCAGCACGAAUGCGGAGCAGCCUGCUUCAGCUCCUACAGCUCCAGCUCAGGCCUAACUGCAUUCGUUGAACGUUUGGAGAGACGUACUGAUCUCACGCUGAUCUCACGAGCUCUUCGAUUGGCUGAAAUGCACAAAAUUCGAAACCUUGACCUUUGGACUUGCAAUAUAAUGCCCAAGUACCAUAGUAGUAAGUUC